AUGGAUACUGUUUUAGUGAGACUGAUUGAUAGGAUACGUCCAGAGAUUGAGCAUGAUUCUCUUCAUGUUGAGAGAAGAUUUACAGCAGAAGAUAUCAAAAGAUAUCUGAAAACAGUUCUUGGGAUGGAAGGUAAAUACAGACUUUACAUUGCUGGAAUACCAUUUGAAGGGAGCAUUGAUAGUAAUAUAGUUGCAAGAGAACUUGAAGUUGAGAAAGGGGUGACUGUUGAGUAUGAAAUUGAUUAUCAAAGCACACCGGAUGUGUGUGUUGAUCUUGAUGAUACAGUGAUGUUUCUGAAAGUUGCUGAUGAGAAUUUGAAGAUAUGGUGCUGCACUUACAGCGGAAUUUUGAAUAUUUACUCGUGUAUUGAUAAGAUGAUUUAUCAGGAAGCAACAGUGGAAUGUCGUGGGAUAAGAGGAAUGGCGGUUGGAGAUAGAUUGCUAGCAUAUGAUAGUGAAGGGAAGAUUAUUAGAAUUGAUGAUGCCAAUAUAUUGCUUGAAAUUGCAGAAGAUGUGACAAGUAUGACAUUCAAAGGAGAUGUGAUUUUCAUUGGGACAUAUAAUGGAGGAUGCUAUGUGUAUGAUCAAGAGCUUAAAAAGGUGAAUGAGUUCAAAACCAAGGUUGUGUUUGUAUCAGUAAGUGAGGAUACAGUAGAGUUUGUGUGUAUUGAUGGAAAUACGUAUGAAUGGCAUUUUAACGGAGAAUGCAAGAAAUACAAACUUGGUUAUAAUGUUACUGCAGUUGACAUGAAAGGAAAUACAAAGGUUAUUGGAACUUCUUCCUCAGGCAUGCUUGUUAUGAACAAUAAUCAAAAGUCGUUUAUAAAAACAAGUAUUAGAUUGAGCACUGCACUGGCGAUAGGAACUCAUGAUAUAGUAGCGCAGGCAUCGCAAUAUACAGUCUCUAUUGUAAACAUAGGUAGUGGAGAAGAGAUACGAAGGAUUGCAGUAGAUAAAUGUAUUAUAGGUGUUGGCUGGGUUAAAAACAUGCUGGUUAUAGCAUGUGGAUCUAGUAUCCGUGGAUAUUUUAUAAAUUAUUGA